UCACCCCGUGUACCAGCUAACAAAAGUAUAUAUGUAACAAUACCGCCGUGAUUAUAACGGCGCACCGCUAGCUGCUAGUUCUCUCGGCCAGAUUACUUUCAGCACCAGACGGCGCUUGCUACAUACAACACGCAAGCCCCUAUGAGCAAGAGGAACCGUGUGUUUAUCAAGUGCAAAUGAAAGACGGUCUAACUUGUAAAUACGGGACUGCGUGACGAGCCCACAAUGGCUGCUAUAGCCUAGUGAAACGGGCCGCGAGAUGGCCAGCAUCAUCAGGAAAAUCCUCUUCCUUCUCUUCGUCGUGUGCGACGCCAACGAAGACGCCAAACGCCUCUACGACGACCUGCUGAGGAAAAGCGGCUACAACAAGCUCGUUAGACCAGUAGCGAACAACUCAGAAAAACUUACCAUCAAACUGGGAAUGAGACUUUCUCAACUCAUAGACAUGGAUGAGAAGAACCAGGUGAUGACGACGAACGUCUGGCUCAGACAGGAGUGGUUGGAUAAAAAACUAAUGUGGAUACCGCACGAAUAUGGGGGAGUUGAGAGGCUCCAUGUUCCCUCUAGAGAGAUUUGGCUUCCAGACAUAGUGCUUUAUAACAACGCUGAUGGCAACUUUGAAGUAACGCUGACAACCAAAGCUACGUUACACCAUACCGGGCUUGUAGUGUGGGAACCCCCUGCCAUCUUCAAGAGUUCUUGCCCCAUUGACGUUGAAUUUUUUCCCUUUGAUGUUCAGACAUGUUCUUUGAAGUUCGGCUCAUGGACGUACGAAGGGGAUCAGGUUGAUCUCGUGCACACGUGUGCUCCUAGCAACGAUCCCCACGUAAAUAUACGCAGCGGCGUGGAUCUGCGAGAUUUCUACCCCAGCUUAGAGUGGGAUCUUCUCGAGGUGAACGCUCAGAAAAACACCAGACUAGACCCGCUGGGUAAAUCGACCUACCCAGACAUUACAUUCAUGGUGACCAUGCGCAGAAAGACGUUGUUCCACACGGUGAACCUGAUCAUCCCGUGUGUAGCUAUAUCGUUCAUCACCAUCUUGGUGUUCUACCUCCCCUGCGACUCGGGCGAGAAAACCACACUGUGCAUAUCAAUCCUGCUGACUCUUAUCAUCUUCCUCUUGCUCCUGACGGAGAUAAUUCCACCCACGUCUAUCGUCGUGCCGCUGAUCGGGAAAUACCUUCUGUUUACAAUCAUUCUAGUGACGCUGUCCAUCAUAGUGACCGUUAUAGUGUUAAAUGUUCACUUCAGGUCUCCGGCCACUCACUGUAUGUCCCCGUGGGUGAGGCGGGUGUUUUUGACCAUUUUUCCAAAACUGCUAGUCAUGCGCAGACCACACCAACCACAGGUGCCAAGCUAUAAAAUUCCAGUUAGAAACUGCAACGGCAUGGCAGUACGAGACGGUGGUCGCGACGUCGCCAGGAAUGUGGGCAGUGUCAAUGUGCUGGAUCUCCCAGACUACCAUUCGACCCUCGAGUGCGAACUCCUGUAUGUGGAGCGAGAGCUCGCCUCAGAGAGUCGACCCAGGUUCUCCAAGGAAGUGCAGGAAGCUCUGGAAGCCGUUAAUUUUAUAGCAGAACAUAUGAAAUUUGAGGAUCUCGCACAAUCCAUUGAAGAGGACUGGAAAUACGUCGCCAUGGUGUUAGACCGCAUAUUUCUGUGGAUCUUUACAACGGCCUGUGUGGUGGGAACGUUCGGGAUCAUCCUGCAGGCUCCCACUCUGUACGACGACAAACAGCCGCUGACUGCCGUCGACUUUAAAGCCAGCUGCUACACGGGGUACUCGCCCACGUGACUGGGACCAUAGACGAAGAAGACCUCACUGUUAAUUCCAAAUUGUGUCAUCUCAUAUACACUGAUGGCGAUAUCUCAUCAAAUGGACAUUCUUCAUAUGUUAUAGGUUUUUGGAAAGCAAAUAGUAUUUAGUCUUUCGUGACACGGGUUUGUGCAGAAUGAAUAUUGCGUUGAGAUGUCAGUUGAUAUAAGACUAUCCAUAAAAUCAAUUUGAAACAAUA